AUGUCUAAGCAACGUGUAAUCAGCGAGUCCACAGGGCUAUACAAGCUCUCGAUUGUUAACAAGCAACAACAAGCUGAGGAAAAUCCCCCCAGAAACGAUGAAGCGCCCCUCGAACCUACUAGAAAAGGGCUUCCCUUAACAAUACCUCUCGAGUCCGGCCAUGACUCCGAGUCGAGCGUUGAUCUUAGCCGCUCUAGCACAUUAGAUGAGCAAUCAAAGGUAUCAGAAGCCUUGCUAUACGAAUUAGCUGCUAAAAGAAGGCAAGUUGUGGAGUUAAAACAACAACUAUCACAGGCAGAACGUGAACUCAGCGCACUCGAACACAAAUGUCGCGAUCUAAGCCAAGAAAACAAGCCGCAAAGUCAAGAAAGGCUGCAUGAAAUUUCGUCCAAAUUUCAGAAAACACUUCAAGACGUUAACAGCAGUCCGCGAAUGAUAAAGAGUAAGCAAAGCAUCAGCAACUUUUUCAAUAAAGAUUCAGCUGUCGAUCCACUGGAUUCGCAACCAAAAUUACCUCCCAGACUACCAUCAAGGCCCAAACCACCAGUAGCCCCUAUGAAGCCUUCCUUUUUACAAGCUACUGCUUCUAAGUUCCAAGAAAUAAAAAGUCAACAAUCUCAAAGCCCGUUUUUCGCAAAGCUCAUGGACAAGUGGCAAGACUUUAACGUCAAUGAGGAGGAAGAGGCUGAGUUUGAUGAUCAAAGGUCUACAGAUCAGUUCUAUAUUAAAAGUAAACUGGAUUACGAUGACGACGAAGAAGUGCCUUCAGAACCUGAUGAAUCCGAGAUUUUUGGUUAUGGCGGUCCGACCGUAAGCACUUAUAAAAGAACUGGAAAACCUGCGUGA